UCACACAAGCAGGCCGUCCAGCUACAGCAAGACAACCCACAUGAUGAACGACGGCGCCGUCGUCCCGGUGCUCGCGCUUGUGUCGUCGUGGCUUGUCUUCGUGCUCCUCUACGCGAGCCAUGAGUCCAAGCUUGGGGGCGCUCAGAGGUCGAGCGCGCCUUCGAGGGCCGUGCAGGUCGGGGUGCUGCUCGACCUCAGGACGGCCGGCGGGAAGGCGACCAUGGCGUCCAUCUCGCUAGCGCUCGAGGACUUCUACGCCUCGCAGCCGGGAUCCAGCACCACGGUGGCGCUGCACGUCGCGGACUGCAAGGACGAUGAGAUCACUGCGACUUCGGCUGCAAUAGAUCUGCUGAAGGACUUCAAAGUGCAAGCAAUCAUUGGCCCGAAGACAUCAACGCAGGCGAGGUUCAUAAUUGGCAUUGGCAACAAGACGAAUGUACCCAUCUUGUCUUAUUCAGCCACUAGCCCCUACUUGUCAGCUAAGCAGUCAAGGUAUUUUGUUCGCACUGCCCUGGAUGAUGCCUCUCAAGCCCCAGCAAUUGCUUCUCUGGCCCAACUCUUCAACUGGCGCCAAGUCGUACCUAUAUACGAGGACUCUGACUUCGGUAGAGGCAUCAUACCAUACCUUGUGGAUGCUCUCCAAGAUGUCGAUGCACGCAUCCCAUACCGAAGCGUCAUCCCUACAGUUCCUACUGACGAUCACAUAAUGGCGGAGCUGAACAAACUCAAGACUAUGCAGACACGAGUCUUUGUCGUGCACAUGUCAUCUGAUAUUGCCGCACGCCUAUUUGUCCUUGCUCAUGAUGCUGAGAUGCUUGCUGAUGGUUAUGCCUGGAUUGUGACUGAUAGUGUGGGAAACAUGUUUAGCUCCUUGGAUCAGAGAACAAUCAGCCUUAUGUGCCACCGUCGGACAAGCUCCUCAACUUCCCUCCUCGAUUUGUUUCACGGUACCGACAACAGAACCCUGGCUCACCAGACCCAGCAAAUCCAAAUGUCUUCCAACUGUGGGCUUAUGAGUUAUGACACUGCAUGGGCGCUCGCGCUGGCUCUAAGGAAGGUUGGUCCCCUUACACAAGGCUUUCAGAUGCCAUCACCACAAAACAGCAGCAGCUCAAAUGAUCUGAGUAUGCUGGCUGUGUCGCAAGAUGGACCAGGGCUUAUUGAUGCCAUCCGAGCCACUAAGUUCCAGGGAAUAUCAGGUGAAUUUGUUCUUGUUGACGGUCAGCUGCAGGCAUCAGUAUUUGAGAUAUUUAAUGUGAUUGGCAAUUCAUAUCAGAAUGCCGGGUUCUGGACGCCAAAGUUUGGCCUAAGUAAGAACCUCAUUGUAUCUUCUGGUCCGAGUGGUACUGUUGGAUUGAAUACAGUGAUUUGGCGGUGGCCGGUGGCUCAGUACAACCUCCCAGAGGUUGGGAGUGGCCGGUGGCUGGAAAGAAGUUGCAGAUUGCUGAAUGUUAAGAAGGAUGUGGCCACUGGAGCGUUUGACGUGACUGGAUACUGCAUAGAUAUCUUUGAAGCUGUCAUGCGGCAGAUGCCAUACGCUGUCCCCUAUGAGUAUGUGCCUGUUGUGGAUCCUAACAUAGCCAUCAACAUGACCGUGUCAUACAGUGAGAUAUGCUAUCAGGUUUCUCUGAAGAAAUAUGAUGCAAUGGUUGCGGACACCACAAUAAUCCUCAAUCGUGCCAUGUUAGUUGACUUUACUUUACCUUACACUGAGUCAGGGGUGCAGAUGGUCGUACCCAUGAGGGAGACCUGGAGCAAGAGCUUGUGGGUUUUUAUGAAGCCUAUUGAACCAAGACUCUGGGUAGCCAUCUUGGUUGUUUUUCUUUUUACUGGUCUUGUCAUAUGGCUUGUUGAGCACAAUUCAUUUGCUGCUGAAAACCUGCCGAUAUCUUUGGCAAACAAUUUAAUGAAAGUCGUGGCAAGACUUUACCCAAAACUGAAGAAAUGGCUAUCGAAAUUUGCACUCAUAAACUUUGUGUUGCUGGUUUGGUUGUUGGAGAAACUCUACAGUGCAAGCUUAACCUCCAUGAUGACAGUACGACAACUCCAACCAGCAGUUGUUGACUUGAAUCAGCUUAUUAGCAAUGGAGAUUAUAUUGGUUACCAAAGUGGUUCUUUUGUUAAAGACCUGCUGAAGAGCCUUAAUGUGGAUGAGCGCAAAAUUAGAGGCUACCGAACUGAUCAGUAUGCAGAGGCACUGAUGAAAGGGAGUUGGAACGGUGGUGUUGCCGCAAUAGUUGACGAGAUACCGUACCUCAAGUUGUUUAUGUCCAAGCACUGCAGGAACCACAGUAUCAUUGGUCGUGUUUACAAGACUGGCGGAUUCGGUUAUGUGUUCCCAAAGGGCUCUCCACUUGUUGCUGAUGUGUCACGGGCUAUACUAAAGGUGACAGAAGGGGAUGAGAUUGUGGGCAUUGAGAGGAAGUGAUUAUUGGGACUGGACGACAUGGCCUGCAAUAGCCAGACCAACGCCUUUGAGAUGGGCUCUGUAAUUACCUGGAGAAGUUUAAAAGGAGUGUUCUUUAUAACCAUCGGUCUGUGGGGUAUUGCAGGGAUCAUCUACAUGGUCAUCAACUUCUCACCAUGGUGGCAAGGUACAAGCGGGCAAGUCCAGCAAGCCGUCGCGGAACUUGUUAUUGAGCAUGCCAAUGGCGACGCCAGGAGUGAUACAACAUGGGCAAUCGAAAAAAAUAGUCAUCUAGUGCUUCACCUGCGUGGUGACCCACCGCCGCCGCCACCACCACCACAGGUAGCAGGACCUCAAGUAGAACCAGCAUUACCAGAUGGUAACGGAGGAGAGACACCCCCGCAAGAAGGGCAAGGACGACAAGAGCUCGCGGCUUUGGUCCACGCUGAUUCGCUGAAAACAGACGCUGAUUCGCGGCACUAGUGUCAGGGGCAACAAAACUGAAGCUGCAAAGUACACUUUGUUAGCUUUUUGCUGAAAAACGAAAUGAAAUGAGCAUACUUUUCUCAGUAAUUGUAUUCUAUUUCUCUCUU